CGUCCCUCUCCUGGAUAGCCAACCAGCGACCAGUAGGUUCAGCAGUGGAGAACAAGUGCGGAACUCUCCUCCGGAUGUAAGUUAGAUUUUGCUGUGCCAAGGAAAACUGGUUUAUCUGGAUUUAGUCCCGAGCCAGCGAGGGGACACCAUGGACCGGCUCCGGAUCCGGGAGUACCGCAGCGAGGACUACCAGGAGGUGCGCCGGCUGUACGCCGCCGGCUUCAGCGAGAAGACCCACAGCCUGUUCGUCCACGUGCUGACCCGCCCCUGGGUCCAGCUGGCCCUGCUGGCCCCCCUCCUGGGGGUACUGGUCCUCUCCGGGUCCGCCCUGGCGGCCCUGGCUGCCGCCGCCCUCCUGCUGUCCGGGACCCGGCUCGCCGUGGGCCAGCUCCUGGACCGGGGCGUCCGGCUGGGGCUCCGGGAGGACCUACAGGACAUCGGCGCCAGCUACAUGACCCCGGGCCGCGUGGCCUGCUUCUGGGUGGCGGAGGACGGCCCGGGCGGCCCCCUGGUGGGCACCGUGGGGGUCCUUCCCUGCGUCACCCAGCCCGGGGCCUGGGAGCUGAAGAGGAUCUCGGUGCGCCGGGACCAGCGGGGGCGGGGCGUGGCCCGGGCGCUUUGCGGCGAGGCGGUGGCGUUCGCGGCGCGCAGCGGCGUGCGCCGCAUGGUGCUCUACACCUCCAUGCUGCAGGACGACGCCCAGCGGCUGUACCUGCGGCUGGGCUUCAGGAAGGUGGAGGAGUUCCUCUGGCCCUCGCUGGCGGCGCGGCUGGUCGGCUUCACCGUGUUUAAGUACGGCUACGACGUGCCCCCGCUGCGGGACGCUUGAACCGGUGGAGACGCGUUCUGUCUGCCUGCCGCCGGGUCAAGACGAUCGUCACCACGUGUUGCAAAAUUCCUCACAAAGUGCUACAAAAAUCAUCACAAAGUGUUACAAAAUUCCUCACAAAGUGUUACAAAAAUCAUCACAAAGUGUUACAAAAAUCAUCACAAAGUAUUGCAACAAUCAUGAUUAUCUUUUGUGUGCGUUUUAAUUGUGCCGCUGACUGCAGUCACAUUAUUACACUUGUGUUGUGUUGUUGAAUUAUCCAACAUAUUGCCGUCCCAGCUCUGGUUCUGGACACUGUUAUCCGCCCCCAGGGCUUGAAAUCAUAUUCCUAGCUGGUCGUCCCAUUAAAGCAGUCAGGCACUUCAAUGGGCAACACGCGCACACACGCACACGCACACAGGACGCUUCCAUUCCGAACAGGAUGGAUGUCGACCCACAUAGCUGAUCUGUCAGAGGACGAGGACGAGGCUGAGCGGAUAAGAGUUUAACAGCAGGUAAGACAUGAUGGGGCUCCAGAACCGCACCACGCGUCGGCGUGCUCAGGGAAAAGUAGACGUUAAUUGCGGUCAGGUUUGGGAAUGGCAGCCCUAAAUGAAGCCACGGAAGGGGGUUGUGUCAGAAUGUGUGUGUGUGUGUAUGUGUGUGUGAUAGCUACAGCUAACUAGCAGCGGAUCAGGGAGUGCCCUUCUGACAGACCGCCUCAGGAGAAGCGCAAAAUGUGCGCUUUAUUAAAUGCUCAAAAUUGCGUAGCCGUCAUGUCAACGCAAGGGAGUGCUUGUGGUUUGCAUGGCCAUGAAACGGGUGCAUGUUAAGGGAUAUGUCUGAAUGCAUUUAGUUUUUAUCAUUCGCGGGUCUCCAUUACGCGUCCAAAUGUGCCGUUAUCAGCAGUUAUGGUAUUCACCCUCCUUCUGGUUAUUCUAUAUGGCUAAAUGCAUCGCACAUGCGGGAAUCAGCCGUACAAAUCAUGUCGUUAAUUGAACUCUUUCAACUUCUUGACUAA